AUGGCUUUCAGACACCCAUUGACGCUAUCAUCUGCGUCGGUGUCACUGCUGCGGCAGUCGACUGCCGUUGCUCGGUCUCGCGCUACCAUCUCUUCUCAGUUCAAUGCUGUCCGCGCCUCCAGCAGCUCAACCUCUGCUCUCGCCUACAAGGCAUUGCACCGCCGCUCCCCUCUUCCUCUCCCCGUCUCCGACGCCUCAUCUCAGUGGGAUGCGCCGACUGCGGUCUCGUCCAUCUUGUAUGAGACUCCCGUGCCUCCGAGCAAUCCUCCCAAGCGCCAUGUCCUGAACUGCCUGGUUCAGAACGAGCCUGGUGUGCUCUCUCGCGUCUCAGGAAUUCUGGCUGCUCGUGGCUUCAACAUUGACAGUCUGGUGGUGUGCAAGACUGAGGUUGAUGACCUGUCUCGCAUGACAAUCGUGCUGCAGGGCCAGGACGGUGUCGUGGAGCAGGCGCGCCGCCAGCUGGACGACCUCGUCCCCGUCUGGGCGGUCCUGGACUACACAGAUUCCGCUCUUGUCCAGCGGGAACUGCUGCUCGCCAAGGUCUCUAUCCUGGGGCCCGAGUUCUUUGAAGAGCUGCUCCAGCACCACCGCGAGAUCACCACACCCGCCGACUCUCUGAAGGAGGGCCAGAGUCACAACAUUCAGGAGAUUGAAUACCACCCUCGCAACUUGCCCCCCAGCCAGGCUCUGCGCCACAAGCAUGAGCACCUGGAUGCCAUCACCCGUCUGGCCCACCAGUUCGGUGGUAAGGUUUUGGACAUCAGCAACAACAACUGCAUCGUCGAAGUGUAUGUUCUUUCCCCUUCUUCUGCCGUGAUCUGCCCCUUCUCUUGUACUGACGAGUUGCCUUUCUGCAGUUCCGCUAAGCCCAGCCGUAUCGACUCAUUCCUGAAGCUGAUUGGUCCCUUUGGCAUUCUCGAGUCCACUCGAACCGGUCUCAUGGCCCUGCCUCGCUCCCCUCUGUCGGAGCAGAGCGAGGAGAUUGAGAAGGACGCAGCCGACGUCGUCGAUGCCAGCACUCUGCCCCCAGGCUAA